UCCUCUGCCGUCGCGCAACUCGUCGUCGACAAGGAAAGGUCAAGACCACGCUCUCUUCUUUUGUUCUCAUUUUCUUUUAGGCAGUAAUCUUUUCCUCUCUCUCUCCUCUCUCUCUCUCGAUUUGCAAACGUUGCCAGCCAACGCGCCACCUGACCAGCAUGCACUUCUCAGCGACUACGCUCGUGGCCGCCGUCGCCUCGCUCGGCGCGGUGGUCACCGCCCAGGACAAGUUCACCUACGGCACUCCCAACGCUAACCUGGCCGGUGUCGUUGGUGCCAACAAGAAUGGCCCCACGAACCCCGAUACUCCCAAGCUGGGCACGGCCAUCAACCAGACGUCGAUGGCCCGCCUUGUCUCGGUUAACUCGAUUGACGACUGGUGCACCUUUGGCCCACCCACGGAGAAUGCCACGAUUGCUGACUCAGAGGCAAUCACUGUUGCGUACUGCACCAAGGCUCGCAACAACGCCCGUGUUAUUCCCGACGGAACCAUCACGGGUGCUCACUUUGUCAAGACGCCCCUCUACGUCCAGGUCAUGGCCCUCGGUGACUUUACCAAGAUCGGCUUUGCGCCCGGCGACAUGGGCGGUGAGCUUGACCCUCACGGUGCCACAAACAUGGGCAACCCCAUCGGCGGCAACGUCACGUCCAACGUUUCCGGCAAGGAUGUCUUCUACGAGGAGUGGAUGAACUUUGUUGCCGCCAACGAAAUCUGCAUCCGUGUCUGCAUUGCUGCCACGAGCCAGGUCAGCACCGCCGAGGAGUGCCUGCACACGCUCGACGAGAUGGGAUGCAACUUCGUCAUGCCCGGUAACUACGCCGACAAUGUCUUUGACACGUGCGACGGUGACGCCGCCUACCCUCCCGGCGACUUUGUCCUGCCUGGCGGCGGCACGUCGACGUUCGUCCAGUACUUCUCCUCGGUCUACACCAACACCGCCAACGGUGAUGUCCAGACCUUCGUCAACGGCUCCCCCGACGAAGUCACGCCCACGGCUGCUUACUCGACGCCUGCCACGUCCAACUGCCAGACUACGUCGACGAUCUCCAACGGCAUUGCCUCGCUGGUGUCCGGCAGCUCGAGCAGCUCGAGCAGCCUGUCGAAGACCAAGUCGAGUGGCUCGUCGGCGAGCACGGGCUCGAACGGUAGCAGCAGCAGCAGCAGCAGCUCCUCGUCGUCGAGCGGGGGUAGCAGCGGCGCCAGCGCCCUCACGGUUUCGGUCUUCACCCUCGUCGGUGGUCUCUUCGCUGGCGCGUUCCUCUUCUAAGCUCUCCCUUGCGCCGCCGGCUCGACUCUGAGAAGAAGAAGAAGAAGACAAAAGAAAAGAAACCCCAGCAUCCCCCUCAUUACCCGACACACGCACACUGGCUCACAACAUGCUUCCUUCCGAUCAUCGACCGUUCAUCAAGUCUCUCACUGCAUUCCCCCUCUUUUAAUUUCUUAUUCAUAGACCUCAUUCGCGAUGGACGUUUUCUUCCACUCUACAAUUGUUGUGGCCUUGCCAUUUGCC